CCCCAUCCCCGGCCCCGAGGCGGACCCGACUCAGCUGCAUCCCCGGCCCCGAGGCGGACCCGAUCCAGCCCCAUACGCGGCUCCGAGGCGGACCCGACCCAGCCGCAUACCCGGCCCCGGAGCACACCUUGCCCGGCCCCGCCAUGGAGCUUGAGGAGGAUUUGGAUGUGUUGGAUCCAGAGAGGUUAAUCCAGUGUCCAUUGGUUAAACACCAUAUGAUCAGAGCCCGGCGGUUUCCCUAUCACCUGGUGAAGUGUAAGGAGAGCAACCCUGAAAUUGCAAAGAAAUUGGCCACAUGCCCUUUCAAUGCUCGUCACCUGGUUCCUCGGGCAGACCUCAGUGACCACAUCAUGAAGUGCAAGGACAAAGCCUUCAUGGAGCAAGAUGGAGUGAGCCGAUUCUGUGAGCCCCCACAGGAACAGCUGAAUGGUGGAAGCUCAUGGCAGGCACCUCCAUGUGAUGAAGACUGGGAAACAGAGGUGCUGAACGGGUCUGAGUCUACUUUUGUGUGGGGUGUGAUCAACUCUGCCAUGAACAGCCCCAUCAAUGACCAGAACAACUCCUUGCCCUCACGGAUGCGGCCCCCUGAGACCCUCCCGUACACCGCGUCUGCAGGACUAAUUCGGAAUAUUAGUUCCUCCCCCUGGGACUUGGUUUUGCCCCAGCAGUAAGUGCUUCCCUGUCUUGAACAGGACAGCUCCUGCAGAUGACAGACAUGCUCUGGACCUGAUGGCAGGACUUUCUACACUUGACUUUUGCAUUUGUAUAAUGUGUUUCUUGCAACAUUUGAAUGCAUGAAACUGUCCUUGGUUGCCAGAUGUUUUCCCCAAAUACUUGUUUUGAAAGUUACCCUCGCCUUUACUUGGUGACUUUGGUUACUGUUCUUGAAAAAAUAGACUGAUAAAUUUACACAGACUCAGAAACAUUCCCUGCCCAGCCUCAGGUACCCAUGAGCAGGAAAAAUAUAGAAAUUGGUAAGUCUCUGUUGUUUCACUUSUCAAAUGGCAGGUGAUGAUCUGUGGGACUGUUCCGUGUGCUGCAGAGAUUGGGAAACAGCAGAAGGGUUUUAAGGAGUGGGAACUGAGGGCAUCAUUUUAARUAGGGGAGGUAGGGUCUGAUUAGAUUCCUAAUUAGAGAACUGAUAGUGGGAAACAGAAAAUUUGGGGGCUCAAAAUACCCCCCAGAAUCUUGUCCCUUUGCUCGAUGCUUUGAAACAAGUGUGUGCACGUGAAGGAGCCCCUGGGGAUCUGAGUGCUCUUGGUCAGUGCUGACUGCAAAUAGGGAUGCAGGAAUGGGAGCAGGUGUGUCCUGCAGGAAUGGCAGAUUUGGGAGGAUUCAGGCCUGGCACAGGCGAAACUCUUACAGUCCCAUUUCAGUGGAAGUCAGGAACCACCCAGCAGUAAUUUCCAGGAAUUUCUACAUUAUGCCUUAAGCAUCUUGCUGUUCUUAGGAAGCCUGGAGGGAUUAUGUGGAACUUCUGCUGGGCACUUGGGAGAAGUUUUGGCUGUUUGCUGGGCAGCAGCAAACUCCCUACAACUGAGGCUSGAGGAGUUGUUAUUUGAGGGCCUGUUACAGCCUGGAGAGCACAAGGUCAGUUCUSAGAGUUUCUCCAGGCUGUGAAAAGGCUGAUGUUAAAAUCAUAUGGAGCUGCCUAACUUAGUUUGUUUUUGUUUUAUUUUUCUGUGCAUGCACUUCUUGUUUUUAUGUUGUUGGAGUCUGAGUUUGUCCACUCAGGGCGUAUUGGGUUUUAAACUGUGUUUGUCAUUUACAGAGACUGCCUUCAGAGCCUCCUGACCUUAACUGUUUUCAGCUUCACACCUUCAGCCUUGCYUUUGUCACCUUAGGCUUUACCUUUAUCUCUUGUGUGUGAGGGGCUUCCCAGGUCACACCACAACAAAGAAUCUUCUGCAAGUUCCUUGCAUCACACACAACUCCAAACAGGGACAGUUUCAGGAGCACACUGAAGUGCUUGUCCAGUUUCCAUUACAGUUUUGCAGUUUUCUAAUGCUUAAAACAUGCUUGAGAGCUCUCAAGGUACCUGUUUUGUGUUGGGGAAGGGGAGGAAGGGAGUAGGAAUGGUUUAAAUCAGUAGAAAUACAWGUUUAGGCCUGAAAAUGUUCAGAUCAAGCAAUAUAUUUCUAAACAUGCAAAGUACAAAAUGGGAUCUAAUACACAACCAAAUAAUUAAGCCAGACAUAAUGUUUGUCUAGAAAGAAAUUAAUGCCUUCAUAUUUUCCUCUAAAGACKGGAUUUCCACCAUCUGUGUACUACCACUGGAAAAUAAUGCAUGUUGACUGGAAUGUGAAAAAUUAGGAUUCUUUUAAAAUUCUGUCAAUUUAUGUCAAGGUUCUUGUUGGCAGUUUAGAAUAAAAAUGUUGUAA